CUGAGGCCGCCCCACCCGGGGGCUGCGGGCCAAGGGACGCCGGGCGGCCGCGCUCGGCGCCGGCCUGAGGAACCUCAGGUGCGUUCGUUCCUCCGGCGGGGACUGGCGGCAGCUCGGUUCCCGGAGAUGGGAAUUCCCACUCGCUCGGCGGUCCCGCUGGUUUGUUCCCGUGUUUAAUCGCUGCCCUGGGGGGAGGAGGACGCAUUCCGGGCGCUGCCGCUUGAAGGAGGUGACGCCGUGGAACACAGCUACAGAUCCACUGGGCCAAAUGGUUCUUCCUCGCUCCACCCUCUUCUCUACCUCUCAGUUCUUCAGUGAGGGCUGAAGUUGCUGAGGACUUUUCUGAUACAGCUGAGCACUUUUCAGCCAGCAGCAAGACCUGCAAUGACUUGCAUCGCAAAGAAGUGCGGCAUUCGCUUUCAGCCUCCCUCUGUGAUCCUGAUCUACAAGGAGGAGGACAAGACUCGCCGGCGCAUCAUGCCUGUCCGAAAUUUCUCCCAGUUCUCAGAUUGUGGCAUUGCUGCUGAGCAGCUGAAGAAUAACCCUCGGCACAAAGCGUACCUGGAAGGAGUCUCACUGCGUCAGCUGAAGAAGCUGCACAGUUUGCUGAGAGGCCACUUGAGGGGAGAGAGUCUGGCUGAGAGCCUGGAAAAGAUUCAGCAGGAAGAGACCAUUGACCCCGAGGAGGACAUGAACAAACUGGACGACGAGGAGCUAGCCAAAAGGAAGAGCAUCAUGGAUGAGCUCUUUGAAAAGAACAGGAAGAAGAAGGACGACCCGGACUUUAUCUAUGAUAUCGAGGUAGAAUUUCCACAGGAUGAGCAGCUGGAGUCCUGUGGCUGGGAUGUGGAGUCAUGUGAAGAAGUCUGAUCCCAAACCAAGACGACCUAGAUGGGCAGAGACAGAUCCCAUAUUCCUAGGAGAGAACAAUGUCAUCCUGCUUCCUCCACUGCAGCUUCUUCUGUUUGUGCAGUUGACGCUCUUUACAUUGGCCACAGAGAAUCUGAGGCUUAAUAUUACAGUAGUUUCAGGUUUGUAUACAUUUAAAGAAGUUAAACUGAGAAAGCUCAAACAGGGCAGCUGAACGUGGUGGCUGUUUUUACUCUUUUUCUAUAUAAGAUGCCCAAAAUACUUUUAAAUGAUUUAUCUUUCAUUUUGUUUACAUCUCAGCCAGCUCUGGCUGAAAACCUCACCAACGUGUUUUCCUGUGAUUUCAGCUUUGUCUGAAAAUGAAAUGUUAAAUGUUUAUACAUUGGAAGUAUUCCUUUUUAUUGUCUGCCUAUGGCAUUUAUUACUAUUUGUUGGAAUGUUAAAUAUACAUUCAGAUAAAUGAGUGUUUCAA